AUGGCACCACCAAGUCCUUCAAUAAAUGUAAUGUAUACAGUAGUGAUGAUUGCAAUCAUCGGCAUCCUCCUCUCCUCAAUCAUCAACAACACCACCAGCCUCCCUGUCGCACAUGCGACGUCAUUGUCCUCGACAAAGAGUCCAGAAACAACGAUCCCGCAAUCACCACUCUCACCACAAGCCGCCGUAAUGGGCGUAGAGCAGCUCUUCAUGAUACUCAAGGCGGAGGAAGAUACACUGAAGGCCUUUGGAGCUACAAAACCCACCGCAUCUUCGAAGAAGGAAAGAAGAAUAGAGGUGAAGCUAUGCGAGGCGAGGGUACAAGAACGUUGGGAAAAGCUGAAUGAUGCUUGGAAGAGUGUGGAGAAGCAGGCUCUGCAGAAACCGGUUUCGUUCCUCUCCAGCCGGCCGCCUGGAUCUCGUCUUACAAGGCAAGAGCUGACGGAUCUGAUACGCAUGAUGGGAAAGUUGAAAGAUGCGGCGUUGUGGGAGUGUCGUGGGUGGAAGGAAAAGGACAGUGCUCCACAGAGCAUUGUGCACGGCAUGCUUGGUCGGAAAAAGCAGCGGAGAAGAUGUUGGCCCUUUUGA